ACCGCCGUCGCCAUGUUGUGGCUCCCGCAGCCGGCGCUGGCGACGCGCGCGGCCGAGCCCGGGGCCUGCAGCCGCCGCCGCCGCCAGGUGGUGUUUGGAAACUAGACCAUGAGCCUAGGUAGAUGAGACUCCUUUCUCCGCAGCUCCGCCCCCCCAGCAGCGCUCACCACGCCCCUGUCUUGAGAGCCUCUCUGAGCUGCUGCCAGCAUCCAGCCAUGGGGGAUAUGAAAACUCCAGAUUUUGAUGACCUUCUGGCCGCCUUUGACAUCCCAGACCCCACCAGCCUUGAUGCCAAGGAGGCUAUCCAGACCCCCACCGAGGAGAAUGAGAGCCCCCUCAAGCCUGCAGGCAUGUGUAUGGAUGAGAGCGUGUCCUUGUCUCACUCAGGAUCAGCCUCAGAUGUGCCGGCCGUGAGUGUCAUUGUCAAAAACACCAGCCGCCAGGAGUCGUUGGAAGCGGAGAAGGACCACAUCACUCCCAGCCUCCUCCACAAUGGGUUCCGGGGCUCGGACCUGCCUCCAGACCCCCACAGCCUGGGCCACAACUGUGGGAAGUUUGACUCCACUUUCAUGAAUGGAGACAGUGCCAGGAGUUUCCCCGGCAAGCUAGAACCUUCCAAGUCAGAGCCGUUACCAACCUUUAACCAGUUCAGUCCAAUCUCCAGCCCAGAACCUGAGGAUGCCAUCAAAGAUAAUGGGUUUGGAAUGAAGCCCAAGCACUCUGACGGUUAUUUCCCACCCCCUCCUGGGUGUGGGCCUGUGGGGGGCCCAGUCCUGGAGGCUCUGGCGAAGUUUCCAGUCCCAGAGCUGCAUAUGUUUGAUCACUUUUGUAAGAAAGAGCCCAAGCCAGAGCCUCUGCCCUUGGGGAGUCAGCAGGAACACGAGCGAGGCGGGCAGAAGCCGGGGGAGCCACACAAAGAGCUGGAUGCCAGUCGGUUCUUUGGGGAAGCUUUGGAAUUCAACAGCCACCCCAGCAACAGUAUUGGAGAGCCUAAGGGGCUCGCCCUGGAGCUCGGCACCUGCUCAUCGGUCCCCCCCAGGCAGCGCCUGAAGCCAGCACAUUCUAAGCUGUCUUCUUGUGUUGCAGCCUUGGUGGCCCUACAGGCCAAAAGAGUGGCCAGUGUUGCCAAGGAGGAUCCGCCUGGCCACACGAAGGACCCCUCAGGGCCUACUAAAGAGGGCUCCAAAGGCAGCCCCAAAAUGCCCAAGUCACCAAAGAGUCCCCGCAGCCCCCUGGAGGCCACUAGAAAGAGCAUCAAGCCCUCGGACAGCCCUCGGAGCAUCUGCAGUGACAGCAGCAGCAAAGGCUCCCCUUCGGUGGCCGCCAGCUCCCCCCCAGCAAUUCCCAAAGUUAGGAUCAAAACCAUUAAGACAUCAUCAGGGGAGAUCAAACGGACCGUCACGAGGAUCCUGCCAGACCCUGACGAUCCCAGUAAGUCCCCCGUUGGGUCCCCUCUGGGGAGUGCCGCUGCCGAGGCCCCGAGCGAGGUGCCAGAGGAUGAGGUCACGGCCCUGCCUGCGGUGGAGCGCUCUCCUGAGCCAGGCGCAAACGCCGGGAGCCCCCAGGGUGACAAGAAAGGGGACGAGAGUGUGCCAAAGGCUAGUGGAUCUUCGUCUCCCUGUGGCAGCUCCGGGUCUCGGGCCCAGAAGGGUGCUGCCCCCGGCAAGAAGCAGCAGCAGAGCGCGACACCGUCCACACCCGCCCCCGCCAGCCUCCUGCCCAAGGCCGUGCACCUGGCCAACCUGAACCUGGUGCCCCACAGCGUCGCCGCGUCAGUCACGGCCAAGUCCUCGGCGCAGAGGCGGAGCCAGCCGCAGCUCACCCAGAUGUCGGUGCCGCUGGUCCACCAGGUGAAGAAGGCCGCCCCGCUGGCCGUGGAGGUCUUCAACAAGGUCCUCCACGGCUCCAACCCCGUGCCCCUCUACGCACCGAACCUCAGCCCGCCCGCGGACAGCAGGAUCCACGUGCCGGCCAGCGGCUACUGCUGCCUGGAGUGCGGGGACGCGUUCGCCCUGGAGAAGAGCCUGAGCCAGCACUACGGCCGGCGGAGCGUCCACAUCGAGGUGCUGUGCACGCUGUGCUCCCAGACGCUGGUCUUCUUCAACAAGUGCAGCCUGCUCCGGCACGCCCGCGACCACAAGAGCAAGGGGCUCGUCAUGCAGUGCUCGCAGCUGCUCGUGAAGCCCAUCUCUGUGGACCAGAUGUUCUCGUCCGCCCCCGUGAACGCCCCGGCCCCGGCCGCCCCGGCCGCCCCCGCCUCCCCCAAACCCAGCCAGGCCCCGGGCGCUGCCAGCCCAGCCCUUCCGGCUCUGCCGCUCUACCCGGACCCCGUGAGGCUCAUCCGGCACGGGAUCAAGUGUCUCGAGUGUCACAGGCAGAUACGCGACUACAUGGCCAUGGCUGCACAUUUCCAGAGAACGACGGAGGAGACCGAGGGGCUGACUUGCCAGGUGUGCCAGAUGCUGCUGCCCAACCAGUGCAGCUUCUGUGCCCACCAGCGGAUCCACGCGCACAAGUCUCCCUACUGCUGCCCGGAGUGAGGGGCCCUCUGCCGCUCGGCCUACUUCCAGACCCACGUGAAGGAGAAUUGCUUGCACUAUGCCCGCAAGGUGGGCUACAGGUGCAUCCACUGUGGGGUCGUCCACCUGACCUUGGCCUUGCUGAAAAGCCACAUCCAGGAGCGACACUGCCAGGUUUUCCACAAAUGUGCAUUCUGCCCCAUGGCCUUCAAGACAGCCAGCAGCACCGCGGACCACACCACCUCUCAGCACCCCACCCAGCCUCACAGACCCUCCCAGCUCAUUUAUAAGUGCUCCUGUGAAAUGGUCUUCAACAAGAAGAGACACAUUCAGCAGCAUUUUUACCAGAAUGCCAGCAAGAGCCAGGUGGGCGUCUUCAAGUGCCCCGAGUGCCCGCUGCUGUUCCUGCAGAAGCCGGAGCUGAUGCAGCACGUCAAGAGCACCCACGGUGUUCCCCGAAACGUGGACGAGCUGUCCAGCCUCCAGUCUUCAGCGGACACGGCCUCCAGCCGGCCUGGCUCUCGAGCUCCCACUGAGCCCCAGGCCGCCAGUGCGGCGGCCCGGGGCGGCUCCCUGCCCUCUGGCCGCUGGGGCAGGCCCGAGACCCACCGCAGGGCCGAGGCCAGGCCCCGGCUGAGGAGCACCGGCUGGACCUGCCAGGAGUGUCAGGAGUGGGUUCCUGACCGGGAGAACUACGUGUCCCACAUGAAGAAGAGCCACGGUCGGACGUUGAAGCGGUACCCGUGUCGGCAGUGCGAGCAGUCCUUCCACACCCCCAACAGCCUGCGCAAACACAUCCGCAACAACCACGACACCGUGAAGAAGGUCUACACUUGUGGGUACUGCACGGAGGACAGCCCCAGCUUUCCUCGGCCCUCCCUGCUGGAGAGCCACAUCAGCCUCAUGCACGGGAUCAGAAACCCUGAUUUGAGCCAGACGUCCAAAGGCAGACCUCCGGGCGGACAGUCCCCUCAGGUGAGUCAUCUGAAAAGACCAGGCAGCGGAGCCGGGGACGCUGCGAGCACCAGCAAUGGCACGGCCGCCUCUUCCACCAAACGGCACAAGGCGCUGUUCCAAUGCGCCAAGUGCAGCUUCGCCACGGACUCGGGGCUCGAGUUUCAGAGCCACAUACCUCAGCACCAGGUGGACAGCUCCACGGCCCAGUGCCUCCUCUGCGGCCUGUGCUACACCUCUGCCGGCUCCCUCAGCCGCCACCUCUUCAUCGUCCACAAGGUGAGAGACCAGGAGGAGGAGGAGGAGGAGGAGGAGGAGGAGGAGGAGGAGGCCGAGGCCGCAGCCGAGGCGGUGGAGGCGGCGGAGGCAGCGGAGGGCUCCGGGGAAGAAGUGUCCAUGGAGACCAGGGAGAACGGACUGGAAGAAUGUGCCGGAGAGCCUUUGUUGGGCGACACAGAGGCCAGGUCACUGGGCCCGGCUCCUGCGGAGGACGGAGCCCAAGAUCCUCAGAGUCAACCACAGGCCCCUCAGGACCAGGACAGCCACGCCCCGUCCCCUCAGGUGUGACUGGAGGCUGGAGGAGUGCCCCGGCGUCCCCUGUCCUCCGCGGGGACGGUGGGAAAUGCAAGGCUCUGCCCCGGGGUGCCCUGGGGCAGUGUCUGCCCUGAGCUGCGGGGGCCUGGGUGUCCCCCAGCCCCGCGCAGCGUGCGGUCACCCAGGACCCUGACAGCUCUGAAUUCGCUUCUGUUAUUUAUGGCUUUGUGCUGCUUCUUGGUACCCCAGCUCUUGUCUGUGUCCUUCCAACCCCAGGCCGCGUACGUGGCCCGGCCCCAGCACUGUCACCUCGGCUCGGGACCCCUCGGUGCCGUGCUCUUCCGGGGGUCCCCGCUUGCGGCCUUCAGCCAGGGCUCUCCUGGGAGCCCCCGAGGGCUGCAGACGGCUGCUCUGCUUCGUGCCCGCAGAGCCAGAGACGGGGUGAGGGUGCCGGCGCGGCCCUCCUGGGGACCUCCGCCCGGGCUGGCCUGCUGGGGAGCCCCCAGUCACCCUGCCCUCCCUUCCUGUCUUCUUCGGAUUCUUUUCCCGAAAAACAGUCCUGGAGAAGUGUCACCCCAGCCCCUCCUGUCUGCGUGGGUGGGAGAAGGUUGUGCGGCACACGUCUGUUUGGGCCCCGGGAGAGCAGGCGCCGCGGCCCAGGCAGGCAGGCGCCGGGAGACAGACCCCUCCAGGAAGAGCCAUGCGCCCCCAGUCUGCUGCUGUCCCGCCUUUCCUGACAAGUGGGCUUGGGGGCACACGGGCGUCGGAAUCCUUGUCCCCCCCACUCCUGUGCCGUUAGAGAGGCUGCCGCUCCAGGCUGGCCGGCCCCUCCCCCUCCUGGCUACACUCAUGUUGCUCAGACGAUAUUUCAAAUAAAAAAUCUUCUUACCGUGCAGGUGGGCUCUUGUAUUCCUCUUCAGGUGAGCCUGGCCCCACCCUGCUCCACGGAAGAGCCCCUCCCCCCUCCUGUGGCUGUCCCGUCUCUGGGGGAGCCGUGUCCUGCUGCCCCAGCACAGUCCUGUCUGGACUCUGGAGCUGUGGUUAGGAAACCAGGAGCGUGGAACUUGGUCCUCUAGAAACCUCGCAAGGGCGUGAGGGGAGGGUCUUCCUACUGGUCAGGGGUCACCCUCAAGGUCUCCCGGGGUCAGCAGCCUUGGCAUUAGGGCCCAUUGAAAUGUUCUGGGCACCUCCACCCUUCCUACCAACCGGCGGCCGUGGGGCGGGCGAGGAUCGCAGGGGCGUUCUGUGCCCACCUUGUGUACCGGUGAGCUGCGCCGCUGCCUCAGGGAACUCUCGGGUGCGGAGAUUUGGGGUCAGACGGGCGGCUGGGCUGUCUUCACUGCUGGCAGAGUCGGGGCCCUGUGGAGGUGCCCUUGGAGCUCUGACCCGAGCCACUGCUGCGGCACUGCGUGGCCAGGGUGCGGGUCUGGGCCCAGCCGCGUCCUGGGCCGCAGAGGGGAGCAGUGCCCGCUGAGUUCUCACAGGUGCCCUUGCGAGGCACACAGUGACUACCAGUUGUCAGAUCAGCACGCCUGGCCUCACAAUCGAAAAAAGGUACAUUUUCUGUCAAAUGCCAGAGUUUUAGCGGAAAUGCGAAUGGUGCAGGGAACCGCUAGAGUGUGCCUCAGUUUCCAGGAGACUCUGCUGUCCCUGCUUCCCAGGCAGGCAGUGAGGCAAGGUGGGCCUGAGGCCACCGCCCGCAGAGCCUGAGGCCACCCCACGUCGGCUGUCGUCCCUUCCCCAGUUCACCGAGGGGCCCACCCUGCACCCUGUGGUCCGUUCACAGGUGCAGAUCACGGAGGAGGCUCUGAGAAGGGUUUGAGAUGGAUUGUUGCCUCUCUGCCUGCUCGGAAACAGUGGUGGGCAGAGUGGGGGAGGGCAUGGCCACCUUGCGGCCUCGACCACCCGUCCUGACCCAGAUCUAGCUCUUUCCUGGGACUGGUGUGGGCUGGAAAGACUGAGCUCCUCACAGGAAACCUGGCCCACACCCUGGGGUCUGCCCUUGAUCAGCUCUCAGCAAAGCCCCUCACUUCACUGCCCACCCCCCUCCUGGAUAGUCCUGGUGAUUCCCAUCCAACCUGCUUCACAGGCUUUCAUGGGAUGAGGUGCGUGGAACCUUUUCUAAGUUUGUGAAACACUACGUGGACAUAAGCGGUUCUUGCCUUUAGGGCACGGAGGGAGGGGCGCCCCUUACCUGCCGUUCAGGCUGGGAUGCGGCCGGUCAGUGAUGACUUGCCCGGGACAUGUAUCCAUCAUGUAGCAGCAGUGACCAUGAGGGCCCUUCAGGCCCUGCUUGCGCGCCCCGCAUCUUGCUAAAUACUUUCUGGUGGUUUCCACGGGGUCCUCACAGGGAUCUCCGAUAACCUGCUGGGCCACCUGUAAGCGCUGGUGCCGAGUCAAGCCUGUGGGGUCCUCGAGGCCGCAGUGUCAACCCCCAUGCCACCUCAGUGCCCCGGCUGCUCGUCGGCACUUUGCAGCCACCCACAUGCCUGCUUUCCUACCUCCCCUGUGGUCGGAGUGCCCCACUGAGCGCCCCGUUCUCUUUGGAGUCAGUCCGCUCCGAGUCACCCCAAGGAGAGCCCUGUGCAAAACUUGUGUGUGUGACAUUCUGCAGCCCAGGCAGUGUCUCCACGACCUUUCAUUCACAUCGGGCAUACCUUGCAUUUGGAGACUAUUUUUCGGUGGGGGUGAGGGGGGGAACCGUCCCAGAAAACAUGGUUCCCUCAGGGUCCAAUAUCUUCUGAUCUUUUCUUUUUUUCAGAUGUUUUUAAUGGGUGUGCUAUCAUAUCGUUUGUUAUCAUCAGAAAACGCUUGCUGUAACAAGCACUUAUCUGCACAUUAGCCGGAGUGGCGGCUCUACUGAUCAAGUUAAACAGAUAAGAUCCCCACCCUUGUAGAAACGACAACCUAAUACACUCUAAGUCCUGACAAAUGACUCGUAUUUAUUUUCCACCUGCUUUAUCUCUGUAAAAUGAUGUGCUGAAUUACUAUAAUUGGUGUAGAAAGAACUGUUCCCUUAACUUAUGUAAACAGUCUGGUUUUGAAAACUUAACAGUCGUGGCUUAGCGAGUUCUGCACACACUCUGCCUUCCCCGAGACAGAGGAACCCCCCGCCUGUCCCGUUCACCACUGUAUAUUCCGCUCUGGGCGCACUUUCUUUGACUCGUUUUUAAAUUUUUUGUUGUUGUUGUUGUUGUUUUGAAAAAUUACUACAUAUACAUGGUAAGACAUCCAAAAGAGUGAGUAUGCAGCGAAAAGUAAGCUUCCUGUCGGAGGCCAGCCUUCAGUCCCCAGCCCACCUCCAGAACUAAUCACUGUUCCCUAGAUCCUGUGUACCCCUUCUGAGCAAUUCUAUGCAUUUACAAGUUUAUAAAUAUGUAUAUUUAUAUAUCUAUUUUUAAUACAAACAGUAGCGUUCUA